AUGUUGCAGCAGUCGACGCCUGUGGUCCCGGUUGUCGACGUUGCGCCGCUGGACGUGCCAGCAUGGGCGACGUCCAACCUGGCUGUCGCGAUGGCUCGCUCUACGUUUCUGAUGGUCCCGCUGUCGGCAGCCAAGUCCGUGCCUGGCGCCGUCCUCGUCGACAUGCGCGGCAGUGAUUCGUAUGACGCUGCGCUGGAUGUGCUCAACUGUGGUGCCGAGGCCGUCGUGGUGCGUGCCGGCUCGCCCCUCAUUGAUGCGCUGGGCUCGGACAUUGUGGCCUCGCGCGUGGUUGUCGCCGUGGCGGAGGGCGCCGAGCCGCCCGUCGGCGCCGUGGGCGUCGUCGUGGAGUGUGCGGGCGUGCCCGGCUCGGUGCAGCGCUAUGUUGAUGCGAUGGAGGCCCGAGUGACGGGCCGUGGCGUGUAUGUGCAGGCGCCGUUUGCGAGCGUGGCUGCGAUCCGGGCGGUGGCGCAGCAGGGCGCCACCGCACUCGUGCCGAGCUCGCAGCUGAGCCUGGACGGCUCCAAGAUCGACUAUGUGGACGCGCUGCUGUGCACGAUCCAGUCGGACCGGGAGGACGGGCUGCUGCCCACGCUGGUCGUCUCGGAGACGUGCUCGGCUGCGCUCGGCCUCGUGUACUCGUCGGUCGAGUCGGUGCGUGCCUCGCUGCGGACGGGCUCGGCGCACUACCAGUCGCGCAAGCGCGGCCUGUGGCACAAGGGCGCGACGAGUGGCGCGACGCAGCGCGUUGUCUGCAUCCGGCUCGACUGCGACCAGGAUGCGAUCGAGUUCCGCGUCGAGCAGCACGCGGGGGAGCGCUCGGUCGGCUUCUGCCACCUGACGGACCGCGAGUCGUGUUUCGGCAGCCUCUCCGGCCUCGCGAAGCUGGAGAGCACGCUGCGCGAGCGCAAGGCGAGCGCGCCGGCGGGCUCGUACACGGCGCGCCUGUUCCACGACCCUGCGCUGCUCGGCGCCAAGAUCCGCGAGGAGGCGCAGGAGCUCGUCGAUGCGACGGAGCGCGAGCACAUUGCGUUCGAGGCCGCCGACCUGAUCUACUUUGCGCUGGCCCGCUGCGUGAGUGCGGGCGUGGGCCUUGCCGACAUUGAGCGCUCGCUGGACGCCAAGAGCAAGAAGGUGACGCGCCGCCGGGGCGAUGCGAAGCCGGCGUUCCAGGCGCCGGCACCUGCCCCGGUCGAUGCGGAUGCGCCGAUCCGCCUGCCGGUGCACCGCCUCGCCGAGACGGCGCCGGCGGAGCAGGAGGCGCUCCUCCGGCGCCCGGCGAUCCGCACGAACGAGGUCAUGGACCGCGUGCGCCCGAUCCUGGCUGCCAUCAAGGCACAGGGCGACGCGGCGCUCCUCUCGUACACGGCGCAGUUUGACCGCGUGGCGCUUGCGAGCCCCGUGCGCCUGCCGCCCUUCCAAACCGACGCGGAGCGCGCGGCGCUCCCGCCGCCUGUGCGGGAGGCCAUUGACGUGGCGUACAGCAACAUCCGGCGCUUCCACGAGGCGCAGAAAGCGCCGGCCAAUGCGUCGCGGGCCCAUGCGCACUGGGCGCCGGAGGAGGACGUGCUCGAGAUUGCGACGAUGCCGGGCGUCGUGUGCACGCGCUUCCCCCGCGCGAUCGAGCGCGUGGGUGUGUAUGUGCCGGGCGGCAGUGCGGUGCUGCCGUCCACGGCGUUGAUGCUCGGUGUGCCUGCCCAGGUGGCUGGCUGCCGCACGAUUGUGCUGGCGACGCCGCCGCGCGCGGACGGCUCGAUUGCGCCUGAGGUGCUGUACGUGGCGGACAAGGUGGGCGCCGCGUGCAUUGUGUGUGCGGGUGGCGCGCAGGCCGUGGGAGCGAUGGCGUAUGGCACCGCGUCGGUGCCGAAGGUCGACAAGAUUGUCGGCCCGGGCAACCAGUAUGUGACGGCGGCGAAGAUGCUCGUGCAGAACGAGGUCGACGCGCUCGUCUCCAUCGAUAUGCCUGCGGGCCCGUCCGAGGUGCUCGUCAUGGCCGACGACGGCGCGGACCCCCGCUUUGUUGCGUCGGACCUGCUGUCGCAGGCGGAGCACGGGCCUGACUCGCAGGUGGUGCUGGUCGGCGUGGCGCUCAGCGAUGCGAAGCUGCAGGCGAUCGAGGACGAGGUCGACCGCCAGGCGCGUGCUCUGCCGCGUGUGGACGUGGUGCGCCAGGCGAUCGACAAGAGCGUCACGAUGCUCGUCCGCACACGCGAGGAGGCGCUCGACUGGAGCAACCGGUACGCGCCGGAGCACCUGAUCCUGCACAUCGCGGACCCCGAGGCCGCGGUGCCGCGCGUGCAGCAUGCAGGCAGUGUGUUUGUGGGCCCCUGGACCCCCGAGAGCUGUGGCGACUACGCCUCCGGCACGAAUCACACGCUGCCGACGUACGGCUUCGCACGGCAGUACGGCGGUGUCUCUACGGCGACGUUCCAGAAGUACAUCACCGCGCAAACCAUCGAGGCCGAUGGUCUGCGGCAGCUCGGCCCGCAUGUGGUGGCGCUCGCCGAGUGCGAGGGCCUCGAGGCGCAUGCGAAUGCGGUGCGUGUGCGGCUGCACUCCCUCUCGUAG